CCAUCACCAAAUCCCCCAAUACACACACUAAUCCUUUUUAAUAUAAUAUCUCAAUGGCUGAUGAUCCUCAAGACCAAGCUGAACGUGAACGCAUUUUCAAGCGCUUUGAUGCCAAUGGCGACGGUAAGAUCUCUUCGUCCGAGCUUGGGGAAGCCUUGAAGACCCUCGGCUCCGUCACCGCUGACGAAGUACAGCGGAUGAUGGCUGAGAUCGACACCGAUGGCGAUGGGUUCAUUUCAUACGAAGAGUUCACAGAUUUUGCUCGUGCUAACCGUGGAUUAGUCAAGGAUGUUGCAAAGAUAUUCUAAAUGUUUGUAUACGGUUUAAUUCUUUUUUGUUUUUUGUUUUAUUGUUUUUUUUUUUUUUUUUUUUUUUUGAGGUUGAUUUCUUGUUCUCUGUUUUUUGCUUUUCCAUUUUUUAAAUGUAUCUUGUCGUGGUUGAUUUGAUAUCUGCAUGAGAGAGAGAGAGAGAAAAAAAAGCAAAUCAAAUGGGCUCCAUGUUUUUAAAACAUUUUUUUCAUAAUUGAAAUCAUUUUUUUGGUCGUUAAGCGGCAACUUCCACGAAUCUGUAUCAACACCAACCACCUCCUAACAAUAAUUCAUUGUUAAGAUAAUGUUUGAAUUCAUAAAUUUGAGAUUCAAAUCGUGAGUAGCUCACUUUUUUCGAGGCCAAUUUCAAAUCGUGUACAUAGUCUAACUUUCAGAGUCCAAACUCAAACACUCGAAAAAUCAUUUCAACAAGGUAAGUUCCAAACAUAUGAAAUCUUUACGCAUACCUUUUGUCUCCCAAAUCAUAAGAUGAAAAGACACUAAAAUUUCAAAUGAAAAAUUAAUUACAUUUCCUCCAUGGAAUAUGGGGAAAAGUACACCGAAGAUCUAUACAAAAUGAUCCUAUUUACAGUUUCACCACUCUCUUUUUUUUUCCUUCGCAUACUCUAACGUCAAUGAUUCAGCUAAAGAGAUCUACAAAAG